AUGAAGGGCGAGCUGGACAGCAAACAUGGAACAUUAUGUUACCAGCAGGACUCCCUAAACAAGACAAUUUGCAUCAAUGUCAAUGAAUGCAAUCAAUCUCCAGGCCCAUGUGAUGCAAAUUUAGGGAGCUGCAGAGACACCAAUGGAAGUUUCAUAUGUGACUGCAAAAGUGGAUAUAGGAUAAAAGCUGAUGGAAGAACAUGUGAAAAUAUUAAUGAAUGCACUGAAGGAAAAUAUUAUUGCCCGCUGAAUUCUACAUGUUUUGAUACAGAUGGAAACUAUAGCUGCUUAUGUGAUACUGGAUUUACUGGCAAUUCAUGUGAAGAUAUUGAUGAAUGUACUGUCGCCAGUAUCUGUCAAGGAAAUAGAUACUGUUUAAAUACAAUUGGUUCUUACAAAUGCCUAUGCAGUCCUGGAUUUCAAGAUAUCGCUGGUGUCUGUACACCCACUCCUACUGACUUGGGUAGUACAACAGGCAUGAUGGAAUCAAUGGUUAAUGGCACCUGGACUACACCUGCAGAGAAAGUGACAUUAAGCAUUAACACAAAUGCAACAACUACAAAAGUGGAUACUUUACAAUCAACAACUCUUACAUACACAUUUUCUACAAUAAAAACAGUGCAAACAUUAAAUGGAACAACAAAUCUUGUCACUUUAACAGACUUAAACAAAUCAGCCAGUGAACCCAUUUCUUCCCAAGAGCCUCCUGUUACUCUGACUGUCCCAACAUUUUCUGCAACAGUGCCUUCAGUUGACAAAUCCUUGUCUCCAAUAAUGUCAACACAGCACACUUUGUUGAGUUCUGUAACUGAAAGUAACACAGACUAUGCAAACAUUCUAAAAACCUCUCUUUCAGCAGAUUUAAUGAAUUCAACAUCUAUAACAAAUAAUCAAUUUCUUACAUUGUCUACAACACAAGAUAUUUCUACCAGUUUGGGAAAUUCAGUUUCACAAAAAUCUGACAGCAUAACAACACCUGUUGACAGUCUUAGUACAUCACCUGUUUUGGAUUUCAAUUUCUCUACAUCAGCAGAAAACGUGUCCAGUUUUUCAACAGUGCAAAAAACUUCCCUCAACUCAGGAAUUUCAGCAUUACAUACUACUUCAGAUAAUACAGUCAGUGCAAGCACUGUGAGUGCAAAAGAUACCACAGACUUGGUUACUUCUGUUUCUGUACCAGCAGUAACAACUUCUUUGACUACAACUGCAACACAUGACGUCUCUGACAGCCCAAGCUUAACAUCCUCAAAAGCUGUGGAAAACAUUACACUCCCUGCAGGAAGUGCUAGUACAGUGACUGCAGUGGGUUUACAUGACUCUACCCCAGCAGGACAUGGGACUCCUUUUAUGACAAAGGAAGUAACUUCUAUUAGCUCAGGAGGUACAGUAUUACAAAAUGUUACUGCAGAAAACACAAACCCUGCAAGCACUAUAAGUGCAAAUGUUACAACACAAUUAGUUACGUCUAUGUCUACUGUAACACUAACAAAUACACUGUCUACAAAUACAGCACGCGUAGUGUCCACCAGCACAGGAUUAACAUCACAAAAGGUUACUGAAAGUAUUACAGCCGCUGCAGGAAGUCCUAGUACAGUGACUGCAGUGGGUUUACAUGACUCUACCCCAGCAGGAAAUGUGAGUCCUUCUAUGACAAUGCAGGUAACUUCUAUUAGCCCCGGAGGCACAACAUUACAAAAUGCUACUACAAAUAAUGUAAAUCCUACAGAUGUUACUACAGCCUUAGUUACAUCCAUGUCCAUCACAAGUUUACCAACAUCUCUGACUAAAAGUGCAGGACCCGAAGGCUCUGCCAGCCAAGGCUUAACAUCCCAAAAAGCUACUGAAAGUAUUACAGCCCCUGCAGGAAGUCCUAGUACAAUCACUGCAGUGGGUUUAAGUGACUCAACCCCAGCAGGAAAUGGGACUCCUUUUGUUACCAAGGAAGUAACUUCUAUUAGUUCAAGAAGUUCAGCAUUACAAAGUGCUGUCACAUAUAAUACAAAUCCUACAAACAGUUUUAGUGCAAAUGUUACAACUCACUUAGCUACUUCCAUGUCUUCAGUAACACUAACAAAUGCAGAACAAGGAAUCUCCACUAGCUCAGAAUUAGUGUCCCAAAAGGCUACUGAAAAUAUUACAGUCCCUACAGGAAGUCCUAGUACAAUCGCUGCAGUGGGUUUAAAUGUCACUACAUCAACAGGAAAUGGGACUCCUUUUAUGACAAAGGAAGUAACUUCUAUUAGCUCAGGAGGUACAGCAUUACAAAAUGCUACUGCAGAAAACACAAACCCUGUAAACACUAUAAGUGCAAAUGUUACAACACACUUAGUUACUUCUAUGUAUACAGUAACACUAACAAAUACACUGUCUACAAAUACAGCACAAAUAGUAUCCACCAGUACAGGAUUAACAUCACAAAAGGUUACUGAAAUAGUUCCUACAGGAAGUUUUAAUACAGUGAGUAUAGUCAGUUUGAAUUUCUCUACUUCAGAAGCAAAUAUGAUUCCUUUUUCAAGUACACAACCAACUUCUGUCAGCUCAGGAAGUUCAACAUUACAAAGUGCUGUCACAUAUAAUACAAAUCCUACAAACAGUUUUAGUGCAAAUGUUACAACUCACUCAUCUACUUCCAUGUCUACAGUAACACUAACAAAUGCAACACAAGGAAUCUCCACUAGCUCAGAAUUAGUGUCCCAAAAGGUUACUGGAAAUAUUACAGUCCCUACAGGAAGUCCUAGUACAAUUGCUGCAGUGAGUUUAAAUGUCACUACAUCAACAGGAAAUGUGACUGCUUUUAUGACAAAGGAAGCAACUUCUAUUAGUUCAGGAAGUACAUUACAAAAUGUUAUCACAUAUAAUACAAAUCCUGCAAACAAUUAUAGUGCAAAUACAACUCACUUUGCUACUUCCAUGUCUACAGUAACACUAACAAAUGCAACACAAGAAAUCUCCACUAGCUCAGGAUUAGUGUCCCAAAAGGUUACUGAAAAUAUUACAGUCCCUACAGGAAGUCCUAGUACAAUUGCUGCAGUGAGUUUAAAUGUCACUACAUCAACAGGAAAUGGGACUGCUUUUAUGACAAAGGAAAUAGCUUCUAUUAGUUCAGGAAGUACAACAUCACAAAGUGUUAUCACAUAUAAUACAAAUCCUGCAAACAAUUAUAGUACAGAUACAACUCACUUAGUUACUUCCAUGUCUAAAGUAACACUAACAAAUGCAACACAAGGAAUCUCCACUAGCUCAGGAUUAGUGUCCCAAAAGGUUACUGAAAAUAUUAUAGUCCCUACAGGAAGUCCUAGUACAAUUGCUGCAGUGAGUUUAAAUAUCACUACAUCAACAGGAAAUGGGACUGCUUUUAUGACAAAGGAAAUAGCUUCUAUUAGUUCAGGAAGUACAACAUCACAAAGUGUUAUCACAUAUAAUACAAAUCCUGCAAACAAUUAUAGUACAGAUACAACUCACUUAGCUACUUCCAUGUCUACAGUAACACUAACAAAUGCAACACAAGGAAUCUCCACUAGCUCAGGAUUAGUGUCCCAAAAGGUUACUGAAAAUAUUACAGUCCCUACAGGAAGUCCUAGUACAAUUGCUGCAGUGAGUUUAAAUGUCACUACAUCAACAGGAAAUGGGACUGCUUUUAUGACAAAGGAAAUAGCUUCUAUUAGUUCAGGAAGUACAACAUCACAAAGUAUUAUCACAUAUAAUACAAAUCCUGCAAACAAUUAUAGUACAGAUACAACUCACUUAACUACUUCCAUGUCUACAGUAACACUAACAAAUGCAACACAAGGAAUCUCCACUAGCUCAGGAUUAGUGUCCCAAAAGGUUACUGAAAAUAUUACAGUCCCUACAGGAAGUCCUAGUACAAUUGCUACAGUGAGUUUAAAUGUCACUACAUCAACAGGAAAUGGGACUGCUUUUAUGACAAAGGAAAUAGCUUCUAUUAGUUCAGGAAGUACAACAUCACAAAGUAUUAUCACAUAUAAUACAAAUCCUGCAAACAAUUAUAGUACAGAUACAACUCACUUAGUUACUUCCAUGUCUAAAGUAACACUAACAAAUGCAACACAAGGAAUCUCCACUAGCUCAGGAUUAGUGUCCCAAAAGGUUACUGGAAAUAUUACAGUCCCUACAGGAAGUCCUAGUACAAUUGCUGCAGUGAGUUUAAAUGUAACUACAUCAACAGGAAAUGGGACUCCUUUUAUGACAAAGGAAGUAACUUAUUUUAGCUCAGGAAGUACAACAUUACAAAAUGCUACUGCAAAAAACACAAACCCUGCAAGCUCUGUAAGUCCAAAUGUUACAACACACUUAGUUACUUCCAUGUCUACAGUAACACUAACAAAUGCAGAACAAGGAGCCUCCACCAGCUCAGAAUUAGUGUCCCAAAAGGCUACUGAAAAUAUUAUAGUCCCUACAGCAAGUUUGAGUACAGUGAAUGUAAAUUUCUCUGCCUCAGUUACAAAUAUGACUGUUUUAACCACCCAGCCAUCUUCUGUAAGCUCAGGAAGUUCAACAUUACAAACUAAUUCCACAGAUAAUAUAAAAUCUGCAAGCAGUGUAAGCACAGAUGUUACUACAAACUUUCUGUCUAAAACAGGUUCAACAACUUCUCUACCUAUAAGUAUGGGACCUACAUUCUCUACCACCACCAGCUCUGGUGUAACAUUCUCUACCUCAGGAGUAAAUGCAAUUGCUUCUUCAACCACACAGUCAAAUUCUAUCAGCACAGGAAAGUCAGCAUUUCAAAGUGUCACCACAAGUAAUAUGGUCACUUCAUCCACUUCAGAUGCUACCAGUAAAACAACUUCCCUGUCAUCUGUUGCAACACAAGGUAGUACUGUGACUUCUGGAAGUUUAAUAUCUCAAAAUGGCAGUGGCAUCUCUACAUUUACAACACCUAUCCCAGCUUCUUUGGUCAACAAUGCAUCUUCUGGAGUUACUGCCAGCUCAACAGCAAGCACUAUAGCAGAUAAUACAACUAUAACAUUUAACAGAGCUACAACUACAGCCGUGCUCCCAACAUCAACUACAAGAAUGUCUACAACAACUGCAUCAGCUGUGCUCCCAACGUCAACUACAAGAAUGUCUACAACAACUGUGUCUACCACAGUUACAACCAUGGCUACACUGCUUCCUGCUGUCCAGCUAUUUACGUAUGGAGAAAAAGUGGGAGAUAAGGUAUUCUCCAGCAAAAGUGUUGACGCAGUCUCUGGUCUCUUCAAACCAGAAAUAGGAUUCCCUUUUGGAGAAACACUGUACAACUCUCUAUACUUUACAGACAAUGGACAGAUUAUAUUCCCAUCAUCGGACAAUGAUGUUUUUAACUACACAAAUCCACCAGUGCAAGGUUUUUCCAAGGGUUUUAAAACACCAAUGAUUGCUGCAUUCUGGGAUGAUGCAGAUUUGUCCACUGGUCCAGGAAAAAUAUACUACAAGGAAUAUGACACUUUGACUUCAUCGAAUGAUUCAUUUGUCCAGAAUGUUUCAUCAAUGAUCCAGAGUUAUAAGAAAGUUGCAUCAUAUUUACCCAAAUGGAGUUUGAAAAUUACAUGGGAAAAUGUGUCACCUUUUCCAGCUGCAAAUUCACUAACACAGAUAAAUACAUACCAAGCAGUCCUGACAACUGAUGGAAGUGUAUCAUAUGUUUUACUGCUCUUCAAAGAUGGUGAAAUGAAAUGGAAUGUAACAACUCGGAUAAACAACAAUGCAUUAGUAGGCUUUUUCAGUGGAGAUAAUUAUUUCGAAAAUGAUGAAAUAACAAAGUUGCAACCAGCACAAAAGUAUCACCCAGAUGAAUAUAUAACUACCAAUUCAGUUGUGAGAGGCCUGAGGAUAUAUCAACUUACCCAAACUGCUCAAGUGAAUUACAGACUUCAGUGUAUGCUGUGGUAUGUCUCUGAGCCCAAUCCUGCUGACUGGGUUAAAGAUUCCAGUUGCUGUCCUCGUACAUAUCAACAAGGACUUCUUGACGGACGCUACUUAAACUAUUACAGUGAUAUUUAUAAUCCAUACACACUGCGCACUACUUCUAGUAAAUCCUAUACAUCUGGCAUCCGGUGUGUCUACAAUAAGAAUCAACAAUUUGUAGAGGGAUGGAAUGAAAGGAUUCAGAAUGUUGCUUUUGAAAUGAAUCCAUAUAACUCAUGUUGCAAGAAUGUAAACAAGCAAGCAUUCUGUGACAAGUAUGCAGAGAAAAGGCCGAAAGUUACAUGCACAAAUUACAUAUCACCGUCAAUAAAAACUGCAUAUGGUGAGCCUCAUUUCACUACUAUGGAUGGAAAAAGUUUUACCUUUAAUGGUCUUGGUGAUUUCAUACUUGUGAAUACCACAGAUGAAAAUAGUUUGUUUAUUCUGGAAGGUCGCACAAAUCAAACAAGUGGUGACCCGUAUACCAGCUUCAUAGAUGUUGCUGCACAGUAUACCUCUAAGACAACAAAUAAGGUUCAGUUUACUCUGGGCUCUAAUAAUGCUAUCCAAAUUCUUUUGAAUGGUGGCAACGUCUCAUUUUCAUACUCUCCAGAACUUCAGACAGAUUUCUACAAUGGUACAGAUCUCUACAUAAAAAGAAAUGAUUCGAUAAAUGUGACAUUUAGUGGGAAAGUCUCUCUUUCAUUGUCUGCUUCGUUUGGCAUGAUAAAUAUUCUGCUAUAUCUUCCAAAUGACUACAAUAAUAAGACAAAGGGACUGUUUGGUAAGAAAAAGAGAGUUCAGUUUACUCUGGGCUCUAAUAAUGCUAUCCAAAUUCUUUUGAAUGGUGGCAACGCCUCAUUUUCAUACUCUCCAGAACUUCAGACAGAUUUCUACAAUGGUACAGAUCUCUACAUAAAAAGAAAUGAUUCGAUAAAUGUGACAUUUAGUGGGAAAGUCUCUCUUUCAUUGUCUGCUUCGUUUGGCAUGAUAAAUAUUCUGCUAUAUCUUCCAAAUGACUACAAUAAUAAGACAAAGGGACUGUUUGGAGUUUGGAAUGGAAACCAAGAUGAUGACUUUACAAUGCCAAAUGGUACCACAAUUCCUGUUAACAGUUCUGAAUCUGACAUUUACAACUACGGCCUUACAUGGAGAUCUGGAAGUAAUACGCUUUUUACUACAAAGAAUACCUAUGAGAAUUCAAACUUUACACCGACAUUCACAGAUCAAUUGGCAACUUUAAAUUCGUCAUGGUAUAAUAUAGUGCAAAAUCAGUGUGGAGACAGUCCUCCGUGCAUUUUUGAUGCAUUUAUGACAAAAAAUAUAAACGUUGGACUGCAGACCAGAACUAUGGAGUUUGUCUUCCGGCAAGCCAAUUUAACACUCAAUUCCUAUCCUCCAACAAUAAUGGGUGAUGACAUUAUUCAGGCAAACAUUUCUGAAACAGUAAAAAAGAAGUACAAUGCGUCUGGAAAACAGGUGUACUUUAUGACUUUUACAUCAUCUGAUCUUAACAUUACAGAUAAUGGUACCCUCAUCUGGAUGCCAACAAGCGCCAAUCCUUUCACUGCAGAUAUUGUAGCAAUUGAUGCUUCCAACAACCUUUCAUCCAUAAUAAGCCCUAUGUUUGUCAUUUCACUCUGUGGAAGCAAUGGGAUCUCUCUCUGGAAUGAUACAACAAGAUUGAAUGAUUCUUCUCUAUAUCAAGCUACCUGCCAGUGUAUAAAUGGAUAUGUGGGAAGCAAUUGUCAGUCACAACCUGAUCCUUGUUCAAGUACCUCUUGCUAUGCUAAUGUCAGCUGUAGUACUGGUACAGGUUGCGGACCAUGUCCUACUGGCCUAACUGGGGAUGGCAUUCACUGUUCAGAUGUGAAUGAAUGCAACUCGGCAAACCCAUGUGAUGGCAAUGCUACCUGCAUGAAUUCCAUAGGAAGUUUUAGCUGCAUAUGUAAUCCAGGAUUUACUGGUAAGCUUUCUCUGUUUAAUAUUCAACUUAUUAAUAAAGCUCUGUAA